AUGGAGAACGCAGCGAUAGCAGUAAGCAAGCUGUUCGGCGGGACUUCUGAGUCCGAAAAGAAGGAGAGCGAGAAGGAGGAGAAGAAGGAGAAAGCAAUUAGCAAGAGAGCGACGAGAUCAACUCGUUCCAAAGACGUCAUCUCCACGGCUUCGGAAGCAGCCGAAGACGAGGAGAAUUCCGUUAUUGAGAAAGCUGCCACCGACGACGGUGAAGGGGACACAACGGUCGAGACGGAAGUAGCGCCCGCAGUCGAACACACGCACGUCCAGAAAACGCAUGAGACGCGCGAAAAGACUAGCGUCGAGAGGGAGAUCCACCAGGAUCACUACCACACGACGAUCCAGCCGCUCACGAACUCGGUGGUUGUCCCUGAGAAGCACGAUUACGUGCUUGAGGAGGAGGAGAGGGUAGUGGAUAAGGAUGACGGGAGGGCGAAGAAGAAGGCGAAGCGGGACAUUGAGGAGGUGAUCGGCGAGGGGGGUAGUAGGGACGUGGAGUUUGAAGAGGAGAAGGUUGUUGAGGAGGGAACGAAGGUCAGGGAGGUUGUGCAUCAUCAUUUGCACGAGACGAUCUUGCCGGUUAUUGAGAAAGAGGUCAUUGUUCCGUCUGUUACGCACAAGAAGGUGGAGGUCAAAGAGGUGAUCCAGGAGAACUCCAAGCAUCACGGAGUGACGACGAAUGCCCCCCUCUCGCAGGAGGAGUUCGAGAAAAGGCUUGAGAAGGCGGAGAGGUGA